AUGGUCAUGGAUAGGACGACGACGACGAUGAUGAAAACGGAAAAGCUUCCCAUUCAAUUCUCCGAGCCUGUUUUCCAGAGCUUUUCCACGACGUUUCCAGCUGAAAACGACUUCUUCAGCAAUGUUAAUUCACAUAAUACGACAUUGAUGACAGUCCAAGAAGCCGAUAAAUUGGCCUCAAGCAACAAGUUCACCGAUUCAGUCGAUAAGAGAAACAUCAUGGAAGCAACUAGGGAGAUGAUAUUUCGAAUAGCAGCAAUGCAGCCGAUUCGUAUAGACCCGGAAUCCGUCAAGCCUCCGAAGAGAAGGAACGUUAAGAUCUCUAAAGAUCCCCAGAGCGUGGCCGCUAGACAUAGAAGAGAAAGGAUCAGUGAGCGGAUAAGGAUACUGCAAAGACUUGUCCCAGGAGGCACUAAGAUGGACACUGCAUCGAUGUUAGACGAAGCAAUUCAUUAUGUCAAAUUCUUGCAAAGACAGGUGCAGUAUUUGGGACAAGCUGGCUUUAACAUGCAAAUGGACAUUGUUGGGUUUCAAAGUGCAGCAAUGGCUAAUGUGGGUUUAGAUAAGAGAUGA